UUUAUUCAGUCUUGCAAAUUAGCCUGACGUCCAGAACCUUUCUUACUACUACAACGUUACUGUCCAAAUGUCUGUACAACGGCCUUCUUUUUGUUAUCGCAUGAUACCGUAAUUAUUACAUUACUGAACACUUCGAAUUCUCCGCGGUGAUCGGUUUUGGCCAUUAGCGUCAUUAUUCAGCAUUUGGUUCCGCUGCCCGAAGAAACCGACAGUUUAAGUUGAUUCAAGUUGAAAAUGGUACCACCGGUGAUUUAAAGAGCCCACGUGCGAAGUUCGAACCAUUCAUUUUUUUAAUGACCACCUAUAAACCGCAGUUAACUGCCAGAUUUCGCGGGUGAAGUGCACGACGGGAAACUUAUCGCCACUACGAAGCCAUAUAGUGAUCUCAAGGCUGCACAUAAACCUUAUCGCAAGAUACGACCGGCAAAGCAGCACAUGAUCUCCUAACAGAUGCAUAACACUCCCGCCAGUCUGCAGCGCUCAGCGCCAGGUGAUUGCUGCAUUUCCGCGUCAUGCGAUGUCCCUCGUUCUGCGAUCCGAUAGAGUUAUGUCGCCGCUGACCGAAGUGCCGGAAUUAAUUCCCGUGUCCGAAACAUCAAGCGGACUAACAUGGUCAUUAAUAUUCUCCGUGGUAACGGUGACCUUUGGGACGUGGUUCCCGAUGGGCUACAGCAUCGCGGCGAUGAACGGGCCGCAGACGGUGAUCCUGACAUGGAUCCGCUCCAUCAAGUGCCGACGCGCGGGGGGCGUCUUCCUGACGACCAACGCCUCCGAAGUGAGCAACGCCACUGCCGCCUUUGAUUCGGACACGGAAAUAUGGUGCCGCUUCGUCCCGGAGGCCGAGCAAGGCAAUUUGCUAAAGGACAACCCCCAACUGAACACCAUCUGGGCGCUGUCCUCCUCCGCGCUGAUGGUCGGCGGCUUCCUGUCCUCCUUCGUCGCCGGCGCCGUCAUCGAGCGCCUGGGCAUCAAGCGGACCAUCCUGGCGGAUGCCGGCCUCUUCCUGGCCGGCAACCUCCUCUUCUGCCUCGCCCAGCCCACCGCCACCUUCGAGCUCAUCGCCGCCGGCCGCUUCCUGGUGGGCUUCGCGCUGGGCGUGGCCUGCGUGGCGCCCCCGGUCUACUGCUCCGAGAUCACGCCCGUCAAGCUGCGCGGCGCCUUCGGCGUCUUCCCCAUCCUGCAGUACGUCCUGGGCAUGAUCCUGGCCACCUCCCUCGGACUGCCCUUCGUUUUAGGGAACGAGGAAGGCUGGAUCUGGCUGGUGGUGGUGGCCUUCGUGCCGCCGCUGCUCCUGCUGCUCCUCUUCCCCUUCUGCCCGGAGAGUCCCCGGCGCCUCUUCCUGGUGGCCCGGGAGAAGCAGCGCGCCGAGGGAGUCCUGCGCUGGCUGCGCCGCAACUCCCUCCUCGUCAUUCGCGAGAUGAAGGAGCUGGAGUCGGAGAGCCAGAACGAGAGCGCCCCGACCGCCGGCUUGUUGGACCUGCUGCGCCACCGCUACUACCGCUCCGUGCUGGCCCUCUGCGUCGUCCCGAUGUUGGCCCAACAGAUGUCCGGGUUCAGCUGCGUCUCCUUCUACUCCACCGCCAUCUUCACCGACGUCGGCCUGGACCGGCUGUCCUCCAUCUACGCCAGCAUCGGCCUCUGGCUCGUCUACCUGCUCUUCUCCCUCGUCUGCAUGCUGCUCGUCGACCGCCUCGGGCGCCGGCCGCUCCUCAUGCUCAGCCACGCCGGGAUGGUCCUGGCGCUGACGGGCUUCGUGGUCACGCUCAACCUCAAGGACAGCGGACUGAUCUGGAUGAAGUUUGUGACGGCGGCCUGCAUCCCUUUAUACAUCGCCUUCUACUCGCUGGGCUCUACCUCCAUUCCCUGGUUCCUGCCCAGUGAGAUGUUCGCGCAGGAGGCCCGUGCCGCCGCGGUGACGUGGAUCUCGGUGGUGUCGUGGGGCGCCGCCGUGGUGACCACGCUGGGCUUCCCGCUCAUCCUGGCUGUCACGCACGACUACACCUUCCUCAUCUUCGUCGUCUGCGUCGUCCUGGCCACGCUGCACAUCUACUUCAAACUGCCCGAGACCAAAGGCAAGACCAUUGAACAAGUCCAAGCCUUGCUCAGACAACGUUACGCUAAUAAUUAGACAGAACAUUCUCCACAGUAACCGGCAACCAAUCGCGCCUGCUAUAAUUUUCCUGUUAAACCUUUUGCAACAGUAUACACUGCUAUACAGUGUGCUUUGUUGGAUCAUGGUAUGGCUUAUUCGUCUGUAUAUCUAACGGGAAUAAAUUUAGCUGGUCCUCAAAUGCAGUCUUUCAAGUUUUCCAAAUAUUGUUAGACCAUUUAUUAUACAUGUUAAGGGAAAACUACGGCUGCACUAAGUACGUCAGCUUUUAAACCACGGGUGGAUAGAGAUUCUGGCUGUUUUUUCAAAGUUUAAAAAUUUUACAGUGACCUAAUGUGCUUGCGCUUGCACUUCUUGUGACUUUGAUGGAAAUUGCCUAUUAAACUCUG